CGCUGGGGCGCACUGUAGCCAGAGGAACAACAUGGCGACGUGGGCGGAGUGACCCGGCGGCGACGUCGGGGGCAGCGGCCCGAACGUCGCCUCCGCCUACUGCGCUGCUCUGAGCUGGCACGUCACCACCAAACCUGCGUUGGCAGAGACGGCGGCGGUGGUGUCUGGCGGCUGCUGGACCCGAGAAGAGCUGCCCCGUCUGGAGAGGCCGGUCUUUCGCAGACCCCGAGGAGGGCUCGGCUGGGAGGAGGAGCGGUAGCAGGAGGAGCGGCGGCGGCGGCGGCGGCGGCCACCCACGGCCACGAAUCGACUCCGGCCCUCCCUGGACUUCUCUGUCCUGCGGAAGCUCCCGCCUGGUGGGUGAGGCCUGCCCGGCCUGGUCCCCGCAGCGUCCCUAUCGCGACCGGUCGGCGGCCCUCUCCUUCCCCGCCCUCCUGCCAGUCAGCAUCACCUCAGCGCCGCCCCCCCACCUCCUGGGUGCAGGAUGGCGAGCAGCAUAGUCGGGGGCAAGUACGAGCUGCUGCGGAAGGUCGGGGCCGGCUCUUUCGGUGACAUCUACCUGGCCAUCAACAUCACCAAUGGCGAGGAGGUGGCUGUGAAGCUGGAGUCGCAGAAGGCCAAGCACCCGCAGCUGCUGUACGAGAGCAAGCUGUACAAGGUGCUGCAGGGAGGGGUGGGCAUCCCCCACAUGCGCUGGUACGGCCAGGAGAAGGACUACAAUGUCCUCGUCAUGGACCUCCUGGGGCCCAGCCUGGAGGACCUGUUCAAUUUCUGCUCGCGCAGGUUCACCAUGAAAACCGUGCUCAUGCUGGCCGACCAGAUGAUCAGCAGGAUCGAGUACGUGCACACCAAGAACUUCAUCCACCGGGACAUUAAGCCCGACAAUUUCCUGAUGGGCAUCGGGCGCCACUGCAACAAGCUGUUCCUCAUUGACUUUGGACUGGCCAAAAAGUACCGCGACAACCGAACAAAGCAGCACAUUCCCUACAGGGAAGAUAAGAACCUCACUGGCACAGCCCGGUAUGCCAGUAUCAAUGCCCACCUGGGCAUUGAGCAGAGCCGGCGAGACGACAUGGAGUCCCUGGGCUAUGUGCUGAUGUAUUUCAACAGAACCAGCCUGCCCUGGCAAGGCCUGAAGGCUGCCACCAAGAAGCAGAAGUACGAGAAGAUCAGUGAGAAGAAGAUGUCCACCCCCGUGGAGGUCCUGUGCCAGGGGUUCCCGGCUGAAUUCGCCAUGUAUCUCAACUACUGCCGUGGCCUUCGCUUCGAAGAGGCUCCUGAUUACAUGUACCUGAGGCAGCUGUUCCGCAUUCUUUUCCGAACUCUGAACCACCAGUACGACUAUACUUUCGACUGGACAAUGUUAAAGCAGAAAGUGACCUAAAGGACUGCUCUGGUUAGCGGGUUCGGGUCAGUCGACCCCCAGAACCCCACAGGUUUCUGAGCAUGAAGAGAACAUAUGAAGUAGAGCAGAUGAUUGAAAUAGAACUCUGUUGCUCCCCCAAUCUGGACAUUUUCGUUCAUCUGUACACUCGCCAGUGGUUGUGGACAACAUUCACUCGAUAUAAAGAACUUCAUUUCAGUAUAAACUGGCUCUGGUCAACAUUGGUAAUACUGCCUCCUGAGUGUAGCUGCUGUGGUUAUGAAUAUUGACUGAAAUAGUGAAACAGGUCCAUUUUUGCAUUCUUAAGUGGAAAAAAGUAGCUAAGUGGUUAACAGACGUGAUAGAGAGAAGACGUGCGUCUACCAGUUCUCGUGACCUUUUCUUUUCAGUUCCGCUGCAGUGAACAGCAUGAACAUUUUCCAGCCACAGUUGUAGUCUGUGUAAAUGCUCGAAAUUGUGUAUUUGCCAGUAUUUUCCCUCCCUGAGGUUUGAGAGUUGUAGACAUUCUUAAAACUGUCGACUUCUAUGUGCUACCAGCCAGCUGCCAUGGUAGCCACCAAAGAUUCAGACUGCCUGCUUACCAGCCACAAUAGAGCAUCUCCAGUGAAGACGAACUUAGUGACUACUAGACUCUGUAGAACUCUGCAUUAACUGUACUAUUCUUGCUGUUUAAAACAAUUGUCCGAAACCGAAAGUUACCAUCUUAAAAUUGAACUUGUCUGUAAGUUGUUUAUGUAAAUGUAAUCACUGUAGACAUCUA